AUGACGUGGGAGGCGACGAUCACCACCGUGGAACUCGCCACCCAUACCGCUAUACACCACCGCUACCCUCAAGGGCUCACCCUAACAGAAAACUUAUUGAGUCCCGAAGAUUAUGAUCGCGUGUUACGGUCGAUUUUAUCGGCUUUUCACGCUAUUGAGUGUGAUACUUCCGAGGUGAUAACUCCUCGAGGAGCGAAGAAACCAAAGAGAAAACGCACCGCCAUCCACUACGGACCCCAGUUCGACUACCUGACCAACCACGUGGUGGAAAACCCCACGCCUAUACCCGAUUGGAUGGCCCCUAUUAUCACCAAAUUACCAGUGGAGAUAAACCAGGCUACUUUACAAUACUACCCUCCCGGAGCGGGAAUCCCGCCUCAUAUCGAUACUCACUCAUGCUUUGGCAGUCACAUUAUCCUGUACUCGGCGGGCCUGGCCGUUGCCUUUGAGUUUAAACCGGCCACUAGUCAUACCGCUGAAAAGAUGUUUGCUCCUCGAAGAGUCAAGGGGGGGCCUUCGAUGACCCCUAAAUCACCAUCUCCAGACCCUAAUGACCCGUCAGAAGCAGGUUCCCAAGCGGUGGAGGUGUUAUUACCGGGAAAUAGUCUCUGUGUAAUGGAGAAUGAAGUGCGCUAUGCCUGGACCCACGGCAUCAGAUCUCGAGCUACCGAUACCAUCAACGGCCAAACUGUACCUAGAGGUAACCGGUUUAGCAUUACGUUUAGGUAUGUGAGCUUCGACGGCGUGUGCAAGUGCCAAUUCCCCAAUUGGUGUGAUACUCGGCACCAAGCAGAGAAUACCCCAGAUACUUAA